UAGACAACUCGCACCCAUUUUAAUGCGUUGGCUUUCGUCGGACUUUAAACGGAGUCGUUUUUCACUUCUUCUUCUUCUUCUCCGGACGGCUCGCUGUUCCGCAGGCUUCGGCUCCGGCUCCGCAUUCUUCUUCUACGUAAAUGGUGUUUUCCUUUUGAGAUGUGUGUGAGAUAUGGUUUCGAUUGGAGGAAUUUCGUUGCCGGGUUCUAUACCGCCGUUGCUUCACCACCAAUCAUCUCCGACGUCGGCGAUUGGGUUCGCUAGGUUUCCCGACAGGAUUAGCUUCAGAUCGUCGGUGGUUUUGCGGGAUGAAGUUGAGAAGAAGGGUUCGAGGGUGGUGAUUGCUAAUGGGAAGGUCGAUGGUUUGGGUAAGAGUGAAUGUGAGACUGACUUUGAUACUGCCUUGGGCAAUGGACGUGCUGGGAACUCGGGAAAAAAUCAUGGAGUGUUAUCCACGGUAGGAAAUUCUACUAAUAUCAAGUGGCAUGAAUGUUCAGUUGGAAAGAAUGAAAAACAGAGCCUUCUCAAACAGAAAGGAUGCGUGAUAUGGUUCACAGGUCUCAGUGGCUCAGGGAAGAGCACUGUGGCCUGUGCCUUGAGUCAAAGCUUAUACAAAAUGGGGAAGUUAGCUUAUAUCCUUGAUGGGGACAAUGUGAGGCAUGGCUUGAAUCGUGACCUUGGUUUUAAAGCAGAAGAUCGUGCUGAGAAUAUAAGGAGGGUUGGUGAGGUUGCAAAACUGUUUGCAGACGCUGGAGUUAUUUGCAUUGCUAGUUUGAUAUCCCCAUAUCGAAGGGAACGAGAUGCCUGUCGUGACAUUUUGCCUAAUGGAUACUUUAUUGAGGUGUUCAUGGAUGUUCCUCUUGAAGUUUGUGAAGCAAGAGAUGCCAAAGGACUAUAUAAGCUUGCACGGGCAGGGAAGAUCAAAGGCUUUACCGGUAUCGAUGAUCCGUACGAAGUACCAUUUAAUUGUGAGAUAGUCUUGAAACACACUGGAGGUUCACCAUCUGAGAUGGCAGAGAAAGUACUGAGUUACCUAGAGCAGAAAGGCUUCCUCCAGGCUUAGCUCAAAGCUUUACGAGAAAAGGGGGCUUUUAACAACCUAAGUUUUGGUUUUAGAGAAAAUCCACUUAACUAAAAGCUUUGUCUAGGCUUAUUUGUCUGUCACAUCUAAUUUGCUUCGUCUUUGGUCACUUCUUGUUCUGCAUACAGAUAGGAUUGAAGGUUUGUGAGGAUACAUAAUUUUCUUUUGCUUUUUUCCCCCUUUUGAUCUCUGUAAUGUAAUAUAGGUUUGAAUGUUUUAUACAAAAAAGUAUAUCAAAUAUUUUUGUGGAAAUCAAGAAGUCAAUCACAAUCACUCUUUUUCUAGUGUA